GUGGUGUGAGGUGGGCGCUGGACUGCUGCUGCUGCUGCUGCUGGCGGGAGUAGAGGAGUGUAGAUAUGAACAUGGCUGAAGCUGAGGGCUGCUGCGGGUUGCUGUACUAUCUGGGGGGCUUCACGGCGCUGUAUUACCUGCUGAAGUGGUCCUGGGGGUGCUGGAGGGGCUUCAAGGUGUACAUGCUGUCUGAAGUUUGGCGCACGGAUGUGAGGAAGUUCGGCCAGUGGGCAGUGGUCACCGGAGCGACGUCAGGGAUUGGACGGGCCUACGCCUUGGAGCUGGCGAGACGAGGCUUGGACAUUGUCCUAAUCAGUCGUUCAGAGGAGAAACUUCUUCAAACUGCCAAAGAAAUAGAAUCUCAGUAUAGGCGGCAGACCCGGAUCAUUCAGGCUGAUUUCACCGGAGGCGAGUCCAUCUACCCUGCCAUCGCACAGCAGCUGAAAGGUCUGGAGAUCGGCAUUCUAGUAAACAACGUGGCUAUGAAUUACGCUGAAGAGUUUGCACAUUUUUUGGAUGUUCCUGACUCAGAACAGAGAAUCACUCAAGUGAUCAACUGCAACAUCCUAUCUGUUACUCAGAUGACCAGAGUGAUUUUGCCACACAUGGUUGAAAGGGGUAGUGGACUUAUCAUCAACUUGUCAUCAGAAGCUGCUUCUAAGCCUCAACCCAUGCUGGCACUGUACUCUGCUACAAAGAUAUUUGUGACAUAUUUCUCUCGCUGUCUGCAUUCGGAAUACAGGUCACGAGGAAUCACUGUUCAGUGUGUGGCUCCGUUUGUGGUAUCUACAAAUAUGACCAAUAAUGUACCAGUGAGUCCUCUAGUGAAGAGUGCAGAAUCGUUUGCCAGAGAUGCUCUCAACACUGUGGGGUACAGCUCAUUCACAAGUGGCUGCCUUACACACGCACUACAGAACAUCGCUCUGUCAAUUUUCUUCCCAGCCUGGUUUCGACACUCUGACUUCUGUGUGCGCCAGAUGGAGAAAUAUGCACACAGCAUUAAGCAGAAACUACAGGAAAAAAAAACACAGGCCCACAGUAAAGAGGAGUGAUAAACAUAUACACACACACAAUACAUAUUUGCACAAACUACUGACAAUCAUUAAUGGAGGAUACAUCAGUACACACAUUUACAACAUUCACGCACAACUAUCACACCUACUGUAAACCUCCAGCCUUUUCUUUUUGUGUACCAUAAAGAUUAUAGUGAACAAAUUCCAUUCAGUAUAGAUCAGGAGAGCCUGGAUUCGUUUCUGGAGCGUCAGAAUUCAGUUGGUAAUUUAUCUGUUUUUAAAGACUGAACUAGGGACUAAGUCUGCACUGAUUUAACUUUAUUAAUUCCAAUGCGAUACAGUUACAUUAUCUCAUUACAGAGAACGUAUUGCAUAUAAUACAAGAAAAAGCCAGAUCUUUUUCUUUUUGGACAUUUAAUGAAUUAUGCUGACCAUGACCAUUCCGUACACUAAGACAAGAACAGGGGACAUAAUGAUAGACAGAACAUCAUAAUACACUUGCUUUAGAUUAGUUUUUCCAAGCUUGAUUACUUGCUGAUAGUUGAUAAUAGAUUAUUAACACCUUGUUUAGAUUUGGUAAAUUUAGCUGUUUACUAUGAAACUCUUAACCUGCGUUAUGAAACAUAGAAUAGCAGCAUGUUGCUACACACAGUGUGGGCAUCUUGUUCAGGGAAUGGAUCGCUCCAAUGAAUUAGCAUUAUCCAAAAACAGUUGUGACAUUAGAGGAGUGAAUCUGAAGUAAGAAUGCACCAAAUAUUCUGCAACCAAAAAUAUUUAUUCAAAAGCAUCAACAGAGAUACACCUUUGGUGUCUGUCAGAAUAAGCGAAAAGACUAAAUGAUUUAUAUACUGACAAAUAAUGUUUUAUUUAAAAAAGCAAUACAAAAAUGCCUAGUGAAAAUCUCUAGUCUGAACCCAUAUACCAUUAUAUAAUUUUUAAUGAAGGUAUAUAUUUUUAUUCAGUUUUACACCCAAUUUAUUAGGUGUUACCAUGGCCUACCAUAUCUACUGAAGUCUUGCUUUUUUUAGCCUCAUUUCAAGAAGGUUUUUUUGAACUGGGACAAAUGAUUAUGUGAUGGGGAAAAAGCAAACUUCCAUGUUUCUAUCUCUGUAAUUUACUCAUAUUGCUUCUUUCCAGGAGUUCCUAAAUAGCUCUUCCAAUAUUCCCUACAUACAGAUAAUGAACUGUGAAGCUGAAUUUCAAUCCACAGGUUUCAUAAGGAGUACCUUUAUAUUCCCUACACAUUGAGCACAGGGUGUGAAUGAAGUGAACGUUUUUGGCACUAUUUAACACAUUUUGUGUCUUUUAAAUUAAUUGUAUAAUUUUAUUAUCAUUUGUUUAUUAGUGUGACCCAUGCAAAAGUAUAGACACCCUGUGAUCUGUAACCAGAUAUAUAUAGGAAGCAAUAUUUCCAUGUCAUGGGACAGGAACUAGUAUUGCGUCUCAUGGAGGCUGAAGAACAUUGCCUGCUGGGUCCUACACUGAAUGUGAUUCUAUCAGAGUUUUAUGUCUGUUAACAUGAACAGUUCUAGCCAGACACUGCUAUUAGGAAAUGGUACAUUCUGAUGGUACUGUGCAGUGUUGCUUAAAGCAUUGACAGUGAUUUAUCUGAUCAUAAAGCUCAGUCUGUUAAGUACACUAACAAACAUCAAGACUUUACAUACUCUAAAGAAAUGUUAGGAGAGAAAAAAAAAAGAUUUGAUAAAAAAAGGUGAUUAGACAACAGAAGAUUAGAAAUGCAUUCUCCACACUCCAUGCAAAUGAGGUAUGAGGACAACAUGUACCUUCUAUAAAAUUAUGCCAUGUGCCAGUAAUCACAGUUCAGCAAGUACAUACAUUUAACGUCCCGUUCAUGCCACAGAUCAACAUGAUGCAUGACAAUAAAGUAGACUUCAUUCAAUAUAAACUGCCCAUCAUAAGCAGGGAUGUUUUGGAACACUUGACUUCCUGUUUGACAGAGUUUUAUGUCUGUUAACAUGAACAGUUCUAGCCAGACACUGCUAUUAGGAAAUGGUACAUUCUGAUGGUACUGUGCAGUGUUGCUUAAAGCAUUGACAGUGAUUUAUCUGAUCAUAAAGCUCAGUCUGUUAAGUACACUAACAAACAUCAAGACUUUACAUACUCUAAAGAAAUGUUAGGAGAGAAAAAAAAAAGA